AUGGUUCUUGACAUUGACCUGUUCCGCGUGGAGAGGGGAGGAAACCCGGAUGUAAUCCGGAAAUCUCAACGUGAUCGUUACAAGGAUGUUACUUUGGUGGAUCAAGUCAUCGAGUGGGAUGAGAAAUGGAGAAAAGAGAAAUUCCUAGCUGACCGGCUUAAUCGUCAAAAAAAUGCCAUUUCAAAAGCAAUCGGAGAGAAAAUGAAGAAGAAAGAGCCUCAAGGAAAUGAUGAUUCCGUCGCUGAGGACAUUGUCGCUCGUCUUGCCGAGUUGAAGCUUGACGAACUCUCCACGCUCACCGUUGUUCAGCUGAAAAAGUUGCGUCUUCUUGUAGACGAAAAGUCUGUAGAAACCGCAGCUGCAGCGGUUGCUCAUGAAACUGCUCGUCAUGAGAAGCUCAUUCAAAUCGGAAACUUGCUCCAUGAUUCGGUCGUUGUUUCAGACAAGGAAGAUAAUAACAAAGUGGAAAGAACUUUUGGAGACUUGACAACAAGAAAGAAGUAUUCCCAUGUAGAUUUGGUGGUGAUGGUGGAUGGAUUCGACGGUGAGCGAGGAACCGUUGUUGCUGGAGGCCGCGGAUACUUCUUGAAGGGCCCAUUGGUAUUCCUGGAGCAAGCUAUAAUUCAACUCGCUCUCCAGCGGUUGAACCUCAAGGGAUACACACCACUUUACACUCCAUUCUUCAUGCGCAAAGAAGUAAUGCAAGAGGUUGCUCAGCUCAGUCAAUUCGACGACGAGCUCUACAAAGUUAGUUCAAAAGGAUCCGAGGUUGCUGGAGAUACCACAGUCGAUGAGAAAUAUUUGAUUGCAACUUCUGAACAACCAAUUGCCGCAUAUCACCGCAACGAGUGGAUCAAGGAGACCGAACUCCCCAUCAAAUACGCUGGAGUCUCUACUUGUUUCCGUCAAGAAGUUGGAAGCCAUGGAAGAGAUACUCGUGGUAUCUUCCGUGUUCAUCAGUUCGAAAAGAUUGAACAAUUUGUUCUAUGCAGUCCAAAUGACAACGAAUCCUGGACCUUGUUUGAUGAAAUGAUUGGAAACGCAGAGAGCUAUUACCAAGAACUUCAAAUUCCAUACCACGUCGUGAACAUUGUUUCUGGAGAACUUAACAACGCUGCUGCCAAGAAGUUCGAUCUCGAGGCUUGGUUCCCAGGAUCUGGAGCAAUGCGCGAGCUCGUCUCCUGCUCAAAUUGCCUCGACUACCAAUCUCGCAGACUGAAGGUCCGUUACGGACAAACCAAGAAGUUGAACGGAGAGGUUCCAUUUGUGCAUAUGCUCAAUGCCACAAUGUGUGCAACUACUCGUGUCAUUUGCGCCAUCCUUGAAAACAAUCAAACAGAAGAGGGAAUCAACGUUCCAACUGCUAUUCAACAAUGGAUGCCUGAGCAAUACCGCACUUUCAUUCCAUUUGUGAAGCCAGCUCCAAUCGAUGUGGACGCCAAAAAGGCAGCUGCUAAAAACUGA